CCUGCCUCGGUAGGCAACGGCGCGCAGGGCCCGUGUCCAGGCGAAGGCUACACAUGCAAUGACUGUCUUGACGGCUGGUUCUGUCCUCCUUCACACACUCCGGCUUUGCCAGCCCCUUGUGGAAAUGGCUGGCCAUGCUAUCACUGUUCCGGGGGGUGGUUUUGCGUCCCGUCUCCCACCCUCUUACCAACAACCGUUACCGUAUGCCCAUUGUCGCAAGCCGGAAGUACAACGCCCGGAGCUGGCCUGACAACUCCUUCUACACCUGGAGAUGGGGAGCAGACACCCGCUGCGGCAGAUUCUGCGGGAGCUCUUCCACAAGAGACUCUGCAUCCUGCUAUCUCCGGGUGGCAAUAUGCUGGCUGUUAUAAAGACGACUCAGCACGAGCCCUCCAAAACGCCUCGAUUACAGUAUCGAUUCCCCCCGGAAUGACGAACGAGAUGUGUAUCAACUUCUGCAAAGAUCAGGGUUUUAGUCUCGCGGGAACCGAGGAUGGAUAUCAGUGUUUUUGCGGAAACGCGCUGGUAGACUCCUGGCCUGUCGGUGACUCGGAAUGCAACGCGCCUUGUACGGGCGACCCGAACUGCUCUUGCGGUGGAAACUGGGCUCUGAGUGUCUGGAGCCCCGACGGCAAAGCUUCCAGGGUUAUUGGGCCAGAGAUGCAGUUCGUCAUGCCAACCCCAACGCCAGGUCAAACAGAAAUGACACUUUUCGUUGGUGGUGUCCGUGCGAUGGUCAUGACCAUUACAACUGAUGUGUUUGAGUUCCCGGCGGAUAUCAAAGAUGCAACGACAACCAGUUCCUUAACUCCGGUGGCCCUUUCAACAGCCAACGCCUUUGUCGACAGCGACUCAGUAGCCGCUAAAGACCUUGAUGUUGACGGUAUCGCAUCUACCGUGCACGCAAUCGUCUCCGCUGCUAUGAAAGAGGCACACCAGAUUGCCUCAAUAGAGGUUUUGAGGGCAAAUUCCAUGAUUUCAGGGGCCAAGUCAGUUGUUGGU